AUGACCUGCGUCGCGCUCUCCGCCAGCACAUCCUCCGUAAGGACCUUCUCCUCCGUCGGCCGCCGCUCCUCCGCCGUUCGACGCGCCGUGCGCGGCCCCGUGCGAUGCGUUGCGGCGGCUGCCGUUGAGAAGGACUCCGUCAGCGUCGUCCUCCUCGCGGGCGGCGUCGGCAAGCGCAUGAAGGCGGACAUGCCCAAGCAGUACCUCCCUCUCCUCGGCACCCCCAUCGCGCUGUACAGCCUGAAGAAGUUCGCCGAGAUGGAGGAGGUCGGCGAGAUCGUCGUCGUGUGUGAUCCCUCGUACCGCGACAUCUUCGAGGGGUGCCCCGUGUCGAAGCCCGUCAAGUUCGCGCUGCCAGGCAAGGAGCGCCAGGACUCCGUGUUCAACGGGCUCUCCGAGGUUCGCGAGGGCGCCGCGCUGGCCGCCAUCCACGACUCCGCCCGGCCCCUCGUGGACCUCGCGGACGUGAGGAGGUGCUGCGCGGAUGCGAUGGAGCACGGUGCGGCGGUGCUGGCGGUCAGGUGCAAGGCGACGGUGAAGGAGGCGAACGACGACCUGUCCAUCGCGAAGACGCUGGACCGAAGCAAACUGUGGGAGAUGCAGACCCCGCAGGUGAUCAAGCCGGAUCUGCUCAAGGAGGGCUUCAAGCUCGUCAACGAGAAAGGAUACGAGGUGACCGACGACGUUUCCAUCGUGGAGUUCAUGGGAGAGCGGGUGCAGAUCACCGAGGGUUCCUACGUCAACAUCAAGGUCACCACGCCGGAGGACAUGUUCAUCGCGGAGAGGCUUCUCAACGAGCAGGCUGUGACGGUGUGA